AUACUCAAGCUGUGGCAUUGCAUUCAUCUACCUUUCAGAAGGCUUCAUUUCAUAUUUUGUUCUUAUCUUUUCCUCAGGUGUUCCUACAACCAAGAUGGUCACCUUUAACAGCAGCAGCCAAGCCAAUGUCAGCACCUUCUACUGUAAAUUUAAUGAAAACUUUAAAUAUAUUCUCCUUCCUGUCAGCUACAGCUUGGUCUUUGUGACCGGCCUGGCACUGAACGCCAUAGCGUUGUAUGUGAUUGUGUUCCGCACAAAGCAUUGGAAGCCCUCCACAAUCUACAUGUUCAACCUGACAAUGUGUGACAUGCUUUACAUCUUCACUCUGCCCUUCCUCAUCUACUACUAUGCUGAUGAGAAUGACUGGCCCUUCAGUGAACCGUUCUGCAAGCUGAUACGUUUCCUGUUUUAUGCCAACUUAUACGGUUCCAUUCUGUUCCUGUGCUGUAUCAGUCUGCAUCGGUUUGUUGGCAUCUGCCAUCCAGUCCGCUCCCUCUAUUGGGUCAGCGCUCGUCGGGCCAGGCUGGUGUCUGUGGCAGUGUGGGCCUGUGUUUUAUCCUGCCAGGCGCCUGUCCUCUACUUCGCAAGAACUAGGGAUGAAGCCACUGAACGGAUUUGCUAUGACACCACAAGCCCAGAGCUCUAUGAUGACUUCUUGGUGUACAGCUCAGUCGUGUCAGUGUUCAUGUUUGUCCUGCCCUUUGUGGUAGUGAUGGUGUGCUACGGCCUCAUGGUACGGAAGCUUCGAGAGCCGAGCUGGGGGUCUGAAGGUGAGAGGGGAGGCCUGGCAGCCCAGCGGUCCAAGCAGAAGUCAGUGAAGAUGAUUAUUAUUGUGCUGGCAGCCUUCAUGCUCUGCUUCCUCCCUUUUCACUUCACCAGGACUCUUUAUUAUUCUUUCAGAUACCUAAGGCAGGUCAAUCCAGCACAGGUGAGCUGUAAUUUUCUGGAGGCCUGCAGUAUUGCCUAUAAGGUGACACGACCUUUGGCCAGCGUCAACAGCUGUGUGGACCCCAUCCUCUACUUCCUGGCUGGGCAGGAUGUUCGAACUAACCUCAUAAAGAAGAACAAGUCAUCCUCAUCAAAACCAACAACUGUGAGUCAAAGCAUGACAACACAACUCUGACCCACUACCUACAAUGAUCCAUCCAUCCAUCCAUCCACCACCUAUCCACAGUCAUGGGAAGCUGGAGCCAGUCCCAGCUGACACUAGGGGUACACCAUGGACAGGUCACCAGUCAUUCAAGGGCUAUCCGAAACCAUCUGGAUAAAAAUGCAAAACGUUGCAAGGACAAACACUCUUCUUCUCUGGUACAUGUGACAACCUGUAACUGCUCCAAGAGUGUACCUUUCAGUCUUCAACGUCUGCCAGGUGUCUGGCAAACAUUUGGCAAGCAUAGGGUUUCAAGGGUCAG